CGCGGCUGCGCUUGACAACGGGGUCCCUGUGGCGCGGGGCUGCUCGGUUGCUAGGCCGGCAUGAGCGACUCGGAGCGCGACUUAGGCCCGGGCGAGGAGGACGGGGAGCCCGAGGAGGAAGAGGAGGAGGCCGCCGGGGACGGGCGCAAGGCCCGCGAAGGGCGCAAGGCCAGGGGCCGGCCGCGCCUCACCGAGUCCGACCGGGCUCGCCGUCGCCUCGAGUCCCGCAAGAAGUACGACGUGCGGCGGGUCUACCUGGGCGAGUCGCACGGGCCGUGGGUGGACCUGCGGCAGCGCAGCGGCUGGAGCGACGCCAAGUUGGCGGCUUAUUUGCUGGAGCUGGAGCGGGAGCAGCGGGCCGGGCGCCGCGGAAAGCCAUGGGAACAGAUGCCUUGUGAGCCACAGCGGAAAAAAAGAAGAAGGCGAAACGUGAACUGCCUGAAAAACACGGUGAUCUGGUAUGAAGACCACAAGAACCGCUGCCCUUACGAGCCUCACCUGGCAGAGCUGGAUCCCACCUUUGGGAUGUAUACGACCGCUGUGUGGCAGUGCGAAGCAGGGCACCGCUAUUUCCAAGACCUGCACUCUCCCCUGAAGCCCCUCAGUGAUUCUGAAAAUGAGUGUGAAAACGUUGGCAACGGCACAGGGGCUGGGAGCUCCGCAUCCUCAGACGAAAGUUCCAGCUCUGAAUCGGAGGGACAGUCUGAGAGCCAGAAGGCCAAAGCCCGUGGAGAACAACCACCAGCAGAAGCGGAAGGAGAGGACGCCAGCGGGCUCAUCACCCAGGACGGCGUCCACAUUCCCUUUGAGCACCACAUUGAGAACCUGACCGCAGAGCAGGGUGCCGGCCUCGGCCACAGCCCGCCCCUGAGUGGCCCAGAGACCAUGGAGACUGUGGUGUGCGUGCCUGUGCCCAUGCAGAUGAGUUCAGGCCACGGGACGCUGUUUGAGAACGUCACGCAGGAGGCCCUUGGGGAAGUGGUGGCCAGCUGCCCCGUGCAGGGCAUGAUGCAGGGCUCACAGGUGAUCAUCAUCGCCGGGCCCGGCUACGACGCCCUGACUGCCGAGGGGAUCCAGCUGAAUGUCACCAGUACAGGAGGGGAGGAGUUGUCCUGCGCCAUGGUUGAGGGCGUGGCAGCCUACACACAGACAGAACCCGAGAGCAGGCAGCCAAGAACGACAGAGGGCACGGAGUACGUCGGAACAAAAAGAGAAAACGAGGAGCUGUUUGAGCUCAAAAAAGAGGAGCCUCAGCCCCCAACAGAAAUAGACACCCCCUGUGACUUGGAGGCAGCCUGUGACACUGGGGUUGUGGAACCAGAGCCCGAACCCGAGGAGGAGGCCGAUGGCAACCACGUGUCCUCCAUUAUCUAUGAAAUUCCCAAGGAGCCUGAAAAGAGGAGGAGGAGCAAGCGAGGUCGCACGAUGGAUGCAGAUGGCAUGUUGGAGAUGUUUCACUGUCCCUACGAAGGAUGCACCCAGGUCUACGUCGCACUUAGCAGUUUUCAGAACCACGUUAACCUUGUUCAUCGGAAAGGAAAGACAAAAGUGUGCCCUCACCCAGGUUGCGGCAAAAAGUUCUACCUGUCUAAUCAUCUCCGGAGACACAUGAUAAUUCACUCAGGAGUCCGUGAGUUUACCUGCGAAACCUGUGGCAAAUCCUUCAAGCGAAAGAAUCACCUAGAAGUUCACCGCCGAACACACACGGGAGAGACGCCUCUCCAGUGUGAGAUCUGUGGCUACCAGUGCCGGCAGCGGGCCUCUCUUAACUGGCACAUGAAGAAGCAUACCUCCGACGUCCACUACAACUUCACCUGCGAGCACUGCGGCAAGCGCUUUGAGAAGCUGGACAGCGUCAAGUUCCACAAGCUCAAGAGCCACCCGGAUCACAAGGCAACCUGAUCCCGGCCAGGGACCACUAUUUAUUGGCCCACCAAAGGUCCCAAACCAGAUGGAGGCACUCUUUGCACACACACGCACAGCUGGGCAAGUGAGGCAUUCCACAUCCCACUGAGAUGCACGUCCCUGUGUCUGUGUCAUGCCGGGGAAUAUGGUAAAGAGCAGGCGGUGACUUGCGGCUUUAGUUUGGCUGUGCAAGUGCCAGUUUUCUCAGGUACCGGGCAGAGCUUGGAAGUGUCCAAAGAGCAUCAGACCACUCCAUCCUUAAUUGGAAAUUGUGGUGCACCAGCUUCCCUGUCUCUAGAAAGGGAAGGUGAGAAGCAUCGCGGCUCUGCCACAGCCACCUGCUGCUUGGACAGAAUCAGGAGCUGAGCCAAAGCACCCUGUUUCCUACGACUAGCGGAGCAGAAGCUGCCUCCAGUUUUGGAGGCUCCUCGAGGCGGCUCGCACGAGUAUUUUACAUCUGUUAAGGGCAGGACAAGGCAACUCUAUAGCUGACUGCAUUUGUUGCUCCUGUCUCACAAAUACAAAGAUGUGGCAAAACAGAAGUCUGCUGUAAAUCUGGCUGUGAUAUUGGGAGCUCUGCCUCUCAGCUUUUCCAGGCGGUUGUGGUGGAAGACAACCCAGAGUUUGCCUUUUUCUAGAACGUGAGCAGUCCUGCAAGCACGGUGGUGGGGAUCCAGAUGCUCUGUGUCUGCCAGAAGAUUUUUGCCUGUCUGGGGCCUCUGUCAAAAGCGGACAGGGGUGUUAAAAACAGCCCUGCUGCGAGCUGAGCAAAGCGACCCGUGCAGCGCCUUGGGCUCAGGCCGUAGUGCCGAUGGCAGCGCCUGCAGACUUGCCCGCGAACCUCCAUCCAUUGCCAACCUCGUCGCAGGUCAGGCAGACCCUCUCAUGCUGUCGGCCCUCCAUGGGCGUCUUGGCUUAUCUUCCCUCUGGCUGCUGUUGGCUCUCCGGGGGCUUUCCAGGUGUUCUAAAAGGGCAGAUCCACCUCUGCCAGUCUUAUUCAGUGCUCUCUAUGAAUAGGAGCCGUAGAAAUGUACGUAGCUGUGAUGAAGCCAUAGGUCUGUAGCCUGAUCAAAAUCAUGGGAACUGAAACUUUCAUUUGAUAAAAAGCCUUCUAUUCUUCCUAUCUAAAAUGAAAAAGAAAACGUGGAAGGUUUUAUUUGGGCAGGGAUGUGCGUGUUGUUUUUUGCUGAAGUCUUACGGAGUUCUGGCUGUAUUCUCUGUCGGGGCUGCUAUUGGCCUGGGAAAAGAUUCGGUUGUGCCCUUUCCCCUCAUUGCCUGUCUUUGCAAGACGAAAUCUGGAAAACAAAGGCCACAUGUUGUGCAAAAAGCUGAAAGGCCAAUCUCAGGCUUGCCUAAAGCGCCCCUGUUCCAAUGGCAAAAUUUAGGGAUUUUAGUACUAAAUUCUGAGUGGCAGGAAGGAAAAGGAGCUGGCUGAGCUUUUCUGUGAUGGUUGCGAAUGGAUGAGCUGAGCUGUGAGCGGACCCAGAGCACUCCUGAAUGUUGGAGGCAACCGUCCCCGUAGUCUUGUAGAGUUCUUUGCCUGUGCGGGCAAAGGAAUGAGAGACGCCACCUGCGUUUUCUCGGAUUGCAGCUCUAAGCACGUGGCUUUAAACUGACGCAGAUAAGGGCCCCUGGAGUUUGCUCUUGGUUCCCUGCCUUUAGUUAUCCAAGACUCUAUGUGGGCGUGAUGCACCUCAGGGCCUGGGAUUUGGCCUCCUGUGGAUUUCCGUUCUCUUUAAAAAAAAACGCCUCUCUCUCACAGCCAGGCUUACAAGAAAGCUUGAGAAUACGCACCAAGACUGGUGGAAAUGUAGAAAAGCCACCAAGAAGCCAUCACUGUCUAGUUGCACCUUCCUUUUAAUUAUUCCCUUCUCCAAUACUGUUUACAACUCCAAACCUUGCCAUUACAAUCCUGAAUCUCAGGAGUAGGCAUAAAAUAGUAAUAGCAUUUUGCAUCUUCCUGUGACUGUCCUAUUUAUGCUCCUUGACUGUCAGUCUCCCCCUGGAAUGGCUGCCUUCCUUUCUGGGAGUGAUGCUGUUCCAGCUAUGAGGAGCCAAUGGUUCCUCCGGCACUCCUUGUUUAUCCUACAUACAGGAAGGGGAUGCAGUUAUCAUUUUCUGUGGGGUUGGGAUUAAAUGGCCCUCAAGUGUUCUCCGAAGGCAACGUCUGUCUUAACCUUUCUCAGCUCCCCGCCUCCCCCUAGUAGCGCCCACCACGAGAAACUGUGCCUGAUUGGGUCCUGUUGAGCUAGGUGGUUUCUUCAAGCCGUUGAGGGAAGUCAGCUGUUUCCUCUUGUAAUUCAAGCCGUCGCCCAGCAGAUGGCACCUGAGGAACAUCUAAGCAAAGCUACAGGAAGGGCAGGGGCAGUGGAAGCGGGAAAGAGAAAAGCCCGCACUGCUAGCUUUCUACAGACAUGGAGUCUGGUGCCGCUGCUUUGAUGAGUUUUUCUGACGCAAACCACCAGUGACCCCUCCCUCUCUCCCUCCUCCUGCUGAGCUACUUGACAGUGUUUCUGUCCUCCUUCAAGCUACCCUUCCCCAAAGCUUCUGAGCCCUGAAUCGUUGCCAGUAACUGCCUUAGUUUUGCCGUAGAUGUCUGUUGGUCCGAUAAGCCCCUCUGGGUUUCUUUUGGCCCAUUGACUUCAUACGACAGUAGAAAUUGCUUUGGCAUGAGGGUCUCUACUCUCCUUUGGUAUCCCCCUUCAUCUGUUUUCAUGGCCAGUUUCUGCACUCUCGCCUCAAUCAAUUUGGCUGGUUGGGAUCCUUCUCUACCUUCCCGCUUUGGCUUUUAGCCCUGAGCCUGGUCCCAGAUGGUGCCUGGAGUAAAAGCUGAGCUGGCACACUUAACAUUUGGAGAGCCCUUAUCCCUCAGCUCUCAAAGCAGGCCAGGAAUUUGACACACACACAUCCCGCUUGUUACAGAACUGGGACCACCCACCAGUUUCCUGGCUCGCCCCCUGGCCUUUGCUAGCUGCAUCCCAUUUAUGCAGGUGGGGGCCAUUCUGUAGCCAUAGACUCUUACAUUCCAUGCAAAGCCUUUUCUCAGUUCCUCACGUGCACAGAGAGAGCGCCUCCUAGUGGGCUGCUUCUGGAGCUCUUUGGCUUGCAAGUGCAAGUUCUGGAGUCUAACCACGAGACGCUCCUCUUUUUCUUUCAGUCCUACUGUGGGUCUCGCCAGUCCAGUUCUUGCCAAUGAGCCGCCACUGAUUUCCGUCUCUCCCACUAUCUCUUACAGAAACCCUCGUUGAACGUCAACUAGCUCCGUUCCCCAGGCCUGCUUCCCCGCCGUGUUUUACUUUAAGAAGCAGGUUGAUACCUCAGGCCUUGUCAUCUUUGCAUUGGCUAUAAAUGCAUCCAGAUACUUCCUCUCAAAUAGUGUUGAAUAAAUAAUUCCCUAGCCAAUCCCAUGAAUUAUGCAAGUUCAGGGGAUGGCUGAUCUUAGCUGCUCUCCUGGGGUCACAACCUGGACACGCUCUCUCCCGUAGAAUUGUAGCCUCUUUUGCGUGGUUUCAGGAAAUGCUUGGCUGGGAAAGGCCUGGUAAUUUGGCACCUUGUAUGAGUGCGUGCACACACAGCCCAGAGCUCUGCAGUGAGGAAGGCCCUUACUUUGAAAUUAUGGCAUGAGCUGGUUAAAUGAUGCAAAAAAAUGCCCUCCAGAAUGUUGUGUCAGUUGUGCUGCCUGUCGGGCACCACUGGCAGUGGGCAGUUGGGUCUACAGCUGGGAGCCCAAGCCGUUUUCUCCUAAUUAAUGCAAGUCCUCGCCCUUCAAGAUUCUUCGGGGUAUCUUGCUAGUUCAUGGUGCAGAAUACCUGUAGAAUUCCCCACUCCGGUCAUACCAACGGUAAAGGCCCCCUCAGCUGAGUUCUUGGUUGAAACAAAUAAAUCUAAAUUCUGUUAGACCACAGCUUCAUUAAAGGAAGGUUUUGAUCCCUUGGUGAUUAGCGUGAGUGGUGUGCAGUUUUUGUAAUUGGGAAGACUUGACUCUCCCCCCCACCCCCAU